CGAGCGGCUUCACGUUCCAGUCUUCACUGCUGUGUUGUGUUGGAUCUGAACCUCUAGCGGAUAAAAUGUUUUUGGUCUGUGACAUUUCGCGUCGUAAUGGCGGUUUUAGGGUGAAGUGACCAGUAUUUGGACGGAUCGUCGGAGCCCGUUAUCCCGGAGAAACCCGCUUUGUUCGGUCAAUCAGAAAACGCGAAACCCGUUUAGUACGUUACUCACGAUGAACAACACAGAGAAAGAGAAGAAAUCUGACGAAGAGUCUAUAGAAGAAGAAGAGGUUGACCCGAGGAUUCAGGGUGAACUGGAGAAACUGAAUCAGUCCACUGAUAACAUCAACCGCUGGGAGACCGAACUAGAGGACUCCAGGCAGAAAUUUCGGGCGGUUCUGGUGGAGGCGACCGUCAAGCUCGAUGAGCAGCUGAAGAAGAUCGGUAAAGCUGUCGAAGACUCAAAACCGUACUGGGAGGCCAGACGGGCGGCCCGUCAGGCUCAGGUAGAGGCACAAAGAGCGACGCAGGAGUACCAGCGGGCGAUCGAGAUCCUUCGGGCAGCGAAGGAAACCAUCGGGCUGGCAGAGGAACGUUUACUGGAGGAGGACAGCAGACAGUUCGAUUCGGCCUGGCAAGAGAUGCUUAACCACGCCACACAGAGGGUUAUGGAGGCGGAGCACAGCAGGACGAGCAGCGAGAUCGAGCACCGAGAAACUGCUGCCAAAUACAACGCCGCCCUCAACCACAUGAGACAGCUGGAGAAGAAACUCAAACGCUCCAUCAACAAGUCCAGGCCAUACUUUGAAUUGAAGGCCAAGUAUUACCUACAUCUCGAGACACUGAAACGCCGAGUUGAUGAACAUCAGGCGAAACUGAUCCAAGCCAAAGCCGCGUACCGGACCGCCCUGAACAAUCUGGAGACCAUCUCGGACGAGAUCCACGCACGCAGACGACUCUCCGCUAUAGGACCCAGAGGCCGAGGCGUCGGGGCAGAAGAUGAUGGAGCCCAUUCUGAUGACAUCAGCAACUUUAAAAUGGAGUCUGAUGGCUUGAGUCUAUCGGAGUCUAUGAUCUCCGUGAACAUGGAGGAGAACACGUCAGAAGAUGAUCCAGAAACACAAUCCACCUGGAGUCUGACCUCAACAUCUGCACCUGUAGACCUGCGCUGCUCGUUCUCCUCCUCAUCUGCUCCCCAUCUCCACUCGUCCUCCUCGCCCCCGUCUCUAUCUCCGGAUGAGCUUCCACGGCCGGGCUCGGGGUCUCUGGAGGGUCUUGAGCAGGUGUCACCUGUGCUGGGACCUCGCAGCGAGUGCAGUGGGGCGUCAUCGCCGGACUGCGAACAAGAAAGAGGUGAGAGGGCGGAUGGCGCUGAAGGUAAAGCUGAAAAGACAAACAGCAUCAUCCGUCAGAAGAGUUCACAGCUGGAGAGUCUGAGCAGAUUAUCUCUUCAAACCGCAGAGGAUGAGACUGACGGACCCUCGUUCACAGAGACCUCCAGCACGGCAGCGGUCCUGCUCCUUAACAGCGUUUAAAUCUGAUAACUUCAGCGAGACUUUACGUGUCAAAGCUCACCUGAUGUUGUUUGUGAAAGUAUUAUCAUCUCAGUAUUAUAAAGACUGUCUCAUCUCACAACAGACUGAACCCAUGAAACAGUGUUAUGAAGACAUCAGCUAUGACGUGAAUGGAAAUCUGUUUGUCCUCACUGAGUGAAUGUUCUUCAUGUUUUCCUCGGGUUUUAGAGUGGAUAACCUUCUUAUUUUUCUGUCUAUUGCAAUUGGCGUCAAACUAACUCAGUUUGGUCCCUCUGAAAUCUCACCUUGUUGGUCUUUCAGUGACUGAGUUGCAAUUAUAUUUUUGAGGCAAGAUGGAUGUUGUCUUUAAAUCGGAAGGUCAUUUGUUAGUCUGGCGUAGCCUGAAGGUCUGGGACUUAUCGCCGUUGUAAACACAACAGUUUACUUCUAAGAUCAAAAGGCUUUGGUGUUUCCCGUCGGACCGCUAAAGAACGCGACACGGAAAUCCUGUGAAAUUCAACCAAUCAGAUGACGACUUCCACCGUGCUGAAGAGUUUCCAGAAAAGUGUGACAUAUGCAUCAGACGUCCAGCCAACAGUCUGUGGACGUGUUUGUUAACCCAACUGAUGACAGAUCAGUUAUUGACUGAAAAUAAGCUUGUGGGACAUUUAUGGCAGAAAUCUCCACUUGUAUUUCACUCUUUUUUUAUGUUGUGUCAGUCUUUCUCUUCUGUCUCAGAUUUAUCUCAUAGUUAUACACUCCACAGUUAAAGAGGGACUUGUGUAAAGCUUUAUAUUUAUACACAAUGUUUGUCUUGUUACAAUGAUGUUAGAUGUGUUUUUACAGCACAACGUUCUUAUUUGUGUAAUAAACAGGUGCUCACGGCAUGAAACCGUUUCAUUUCCAAAA